GUGAUGGGAGUUCGGCCUGCAGUAGCAGCAGCAGCAGCAUUGAUAACAACAGUAGUAGUAACAAUAGCAAGGUGGCCUCACUAUCCACACCUCAGAGUUCUUCUGUUGUAACCACUCUGGCGGGCUCCGGAAUGGGCAACCCCUUCGCCAGGGCGGCUUCUCAGACAACCUGGGGCUCAGAGUCCUCGGACCAGAAGCCCAUCCUUGCCCCUUCCAGAUUAGCACCACCAUCAGAGUCAGGAACAACAAAGGUUAGCUCCAGUGGAUUGUCAGUCAUACGACCCUCCACUCUGGGCUCAGGGCGAUCUGGUGGCACAAGCCGUUCAGGUGCCAGCCUCUUCACACCACCAACCUUAACAGUCACAAGUUCAUCACCUCCGCAGGCUGCCAAGUCAGCAUUUAAACUGAAACCAUCAGUCUUGUCAGGAUCUGCCAAUCCAUUUGCCAAAUCUGGGGCUGACUCGGAUGAUAAGGCAGAUUCUGCCACUGGGCUAGAAGAAGGAAGCAGUGAAGAACCCACCCCCUCACUGAGUGGCAGUCAGGAUGUCUCCUCCUCAACCUCUGGGGCCUCGAGAAGCCCACAAGUCAAACAGUCUGGGGAGAGAGAUACGCCCAUGGAAGAGAAGUCGAGCCCAGCAGCCUCAUUGUCUCACACUUGCACCAAUAACUUUGAUAGCAGCAGUGGCACAAGCAAUACAAACAGCAGUAACAACACCAGUAAUUCAAGAACCCUGUUUGUUCCUCUUGCUAGGAAUGGAGAAGGCAGUGAUAGUUCCCUCAGUCCAAGCAUAUCAAGGAAUAGCUUCAUCUUUGGGCAGAAUCUGCAGUCUAAAGUGGUGGCAGGAGACAGUUCAGUCACAUCAUCCUCAGACUCGGCUGCCACCACCAAUGGGGAGAACCAGACAGGAAACCUCUUUUCAGAUGCAGCUUCUGAAAUAUCACGUGUACCCGAAUCAGCUGCAACAAAUGGGAGAAUGACUACUGGGAAUCUGUUUUCUGAUGCGGCCUCUGAAAUAUCGCUGCCUUCCUUUCAGCCAAGAGAAGAUAGUUUGUGGAACAGCAGGCAAUCACUGGCAGAAUCAUCUAGGGAAUUGACGGAAAAGGAGAAUAGUCAGAAACGCAAAUUUGACCAGGUUGAGGUCAUCACUGGGGAGGAGAGCGAGUCUAAUGUAUUGCAGAUGAAUUGCAAGCUUUAUGCAUGGGUAAGUGGAUCUUGGCAAGAGCGAGGUCGUGGCAUUCUUCGGUUAAAUGACUGGGAUGCUGGACAAGAAAUACAUUCCCGUUUGGUCAUUCGAACACAAGGAACACUGACAGUCAUGCUGAACACUAAGGUUUGGUCAGAUAUGUCUGUUGAAAGAGCCAGCAGCAAAAGUGUAAGGUUCACAGCACUAGAUGCAGAUGGUCAACCUAAAAUAUUCCUUGCAAUGGGGAGUCCCAAGGAUGUGGACCUGCUGUACAAUUCCCUGGAGUGGCGUGUAGCAGCUUCACGCUCUCAGACCAAUGAAGAAGCACAGGCGGACAGUGUAAAAAAGCCUAAAAAGGAAGAAGGGGGAGCUGAAUCUUUGACUUCUUAGACAUGUAUAGCUAUCUAUAUAUAUUUUGUCAGUGACCAAAAACUGUGACAUAAAUAUGAAGAAAUGAAAGUGUGAUUUCUUGAAAUACUUUCAAAAUGCAAUCUAGUAGUGAAAGAGAAGUAUGCUGUUGAAAGUGAGUACCAUCUUGUCUGAGAACUGAGCAAUUUAAGUGAUAGAAGUUCUAAACAAAAAGAAAAGAAUAUGCAAAAGCACAUUACAUUCAUCUAUCCAGAACUUACUGGAUAUUUGGAGAAGUGAGAUGAAAAGGCAAGAACCAACUUAGGGCAGAAAAUAUCACUUUUUUAAAUGUUUUUUUUUAUAAGUGUUGAUGAAUUUCAUCAUACUUUUAAGUGGUAUUUAAAUUUUCUUUCAAUCCCAUUAGUGUAUGCAGGAUAAAGUGCAUGAAUUUUUUCUUGUUAGUAUUCAGCAUUUAUUUUUUCCUGUCCAACAAAUGCUAUAAUGGAUGCCAGUCUGAGUUUUGAUUUUGCAGAUCACACAACUUUGCUAAACAGAGAAGGCAUUUAGUGGAUAUAAAGUAAAGCAUAUCUUUUUUUAUCACUUCAUUUUAUAUAUACAGUAUAUCAGUUCCAGGGCAGAUUUAUUUUUUCUCUUUUUUCUUUCUUUCUCUCUCUUCCAUCUGCAGCAGCUAUGAGUUGUCUUGGUAUUAGAAACUGUAAUGAGGAAAUUGCAUAUGAUGGAAAAUAUUUAAAUAAACACUGAGUGUCAUAGACUGUUGCUAGUGUGAUGGGAAAUUGGCAGUCACUAGACGGAAGGGAUAGAAAGACAAAAUGGUUGAAGCCGAGGGUGCCACGGUGAUGUGGAAUGACAUGUAGUGCAAGGACUACACAUAAAUAAUGGACUUGUGUUCUUGGUCAUAUUGACCACAAAUUUCAAAAAUGGAAAAUAAAUCCAAAAUUUUGUUAUAAAUUUUUAUUAUCCUGUCUAUUCCAGCUAUAGUCAAAAAUGUUGAUAACAAAGAAAAACACACUUGUACUGAACAAUGCAGAGCAAGGUACUGCAAUCUCAAUUAAAAAAUCUUACUGAAAAAUGUAAAUAUGAAUAGUUUCUUAUAUGUCCUAUUAAAUCAUGACCAUCAGAUUAGUAUCUCAUUCCCCAACUUUAAGGGUCAUACACUUGCCUCCUAAGAACAUGCCUCUCUUUAUAAGUCAACAAUAAUUUUUAAGAUAUCAUUCUUUAUACAAAAAGUUCCUACCUCCUUGUACCUCUCUGAUUCCUCUUCACUUUCAUCCUGGUUACUGAUUAGAAUGUAAUAUGUGCCAAAAUAAUAAUCACCUGGAAUGCACAAAUGUAAUCUAAGUGUAUUACACAAACCUAAAAAUA